GCGCGAGGAGAAGGAGCUGCGCGCCAAGAUGGCCGACGAGGAGGCGCGGCGGGAGGCGGCCCUGGACGAGCGCCAGAAGCUCUGCACGCAGAUGGUGUCGGUGCGCACCUCCCUGUACAGCAUCAUCAUCGUCCUCAACCAGGUCAAGCCCACGCAGUCCGUGGCCAAGGCGCAGAUGAAGAAGCACGAGUGGGAGCUCGACCAGGAGUUCAUCGACGAGCUCUACUACCGCAAGAAGGGGCCCAUGUCGGCCCCCGAGGCUAACGCCAUGGCCAUGCUGAAGAACGUGUUCAUGAAGGUGGGCGUGCUGCUCAACCAGCUGCAGGCCGAGGGCGCGGAGGUCCCCGACCAGCAGGUGCUCAUGACGCGCGCGCUGCUCCCGGACGUGAUCGCGGCCAGGCGGCAGCGCGCCGACCAGACCGAGGAGGAGAUCGGCGUCCUCAUGCACUCAGCCGACACGAUCGGCGACGCCAAAGUGCCGACUCGAGAUUCGAUCAAGGUCGAAUCGGCCAAAAUCAUCCGCAUGGCGAGGAAGCUCAACGAGGCCGAGUCGUUCAACGACCGAGCCAAGCGCGUCCGGCGCGACGAGAAGUGGGUCUAACGGCCUCCACGUGGGCGGCGGGGGCGGCAAACGGCGAGCAGGUCGCGGCUCUCGUGUUCGAGCUGCUGAAAAAGUUUGGCGUUCUAAUCGUAGUGUCUACCCUUUCCGCGAACGCUUUGCUUGCUAUCUCCGCGUUUAGGGCGGCACUGGCGCCGUCCUCGCGACGGCUGCUGCAGAGUGCUUUCAGAGAGGCUCAUCAUCGCCAGAUAAGGAUCAAAUCACAGUAAGACAGUUCGCUGGAAAAAAGGGGGGGGAGAGAAGUGGGUAUUUUCAGAACUCACCAUUGUCGGGAGGAAGUCCGUUGACUGUCCUUUUCAAACGAAGUGGGGCGAUGAAGGCAGCUCGCUCUCGGCUCGCCCCUUUUGACCCUUAGGCCACUCGUUCUCAGUCUGACCAACAGAGGAAUGGAAGUGCUUACAAACAGAACCGGCGAGGUUGUGACACCUCCUAAUUAAGAAAUAAAAAUUGCAAAGGAACUUUUUCAGAAUUUCUAUAGCUAAAACAUGACUCCCCCAUCCCAUGUUCCCUUCGGACUCGUGCCCGUGCCCUCGUCCGAGUGGCCAACGGCAGACGCAUCAGUGCGCAAGAGACGGCCCGGCCCUUCUUCUGCCGGAACGACCAAUAGUAGAACCCUCUUCAAACUUCAACUUCAAAAAGGGUUAUGCAUUCAUCAAAAUCAAACUCGUCAGAGAUCUCUGCACUCGUUCAUCGUUUUAGACUCACCGUUACGUCGCUUUAACCCCUUUAACCUCUCCCCCGCACGAGCGCGGGC